CAGAGCCACACAGCUCAGGCAGGCUGUAUAGGAGACAGACAGGAGGUUGGCAGGCAUUGGCAAGCAUUCAGAUUCUAUUGACCGGUGACAGGAAGAUAAGAUGCUACUCAUCUUCAUCCAUAUUCUUCAUUUCCAAGGUUAUGUGGUCUGGAGUGCAAAGAAUGGAUGGAAAGCACAGAUACCCUCAUCUGUAGUUGCACUGGAGAAUUCCUGUGUCGUUGUGCCCUGCACUUAUGAGCAUCCCAACACAAACACCCAAACAAAAACACUCAGGAAGCCCUUUUGGUAUAUCAGUGAUACACAAGCAAAGAUGACGAAGAUUGGAAAGAUGGUUUACAGUGUAACCACCACAAAGAUUGAGGAACGUUUCCAGAGCCGCACUUCAAUGCCAGGAAAUAUAAAUGAGAAAAACUGUUCACUUCAAAUAGAUAAUCUGAAAAAAGAUGAUGUUGGUCCAUAUAUCUUUAGAAUUGAGAUACCACAGUUCGAUAAUUAUUCAUUUACAAAAUACCCUGCAAAUAUUAAUGUUAAAGAUGAUCCUGACCCUCCAUUAUUAUCUCAAGUGAAAAAGGAUGUGAGGUCUGGAGAGAAUGUGACUCUUUCCUGUUCCACGUCUCAUUCCUGUCCCCCUCACCCUCCCACCAUUACCUGGAGCCGUGACGGCAGGGUCACCGUCCAAUCAGAGCCACUGACAGGGGGACAACAUAAACUAACCUCCAGCUUGUCCUUUAAUGCCAACGCCUCGGACGACCAACAGCCAAUCACAUGCUCUGUACAGCAUCAUGGUAGAAAGAAAUACAGAUCUAACCCUAUCACAAUCACAACAGGAGAUUCUGCAACACCAGACGACAAAGAGAAUGUUGUCCACACAACACAUGCACCAGUGACCGAGGAUAUAGACGGUGGUUCAACACAUGUUACUGAAGAUCCCGAAGACGUAACAACACAGCUUUCCGUCCCAGCAUCCCAUGGACCAGGUCUUGUCGUAACUGUGGUAGUUCCUCUGUUGAUUAUUGCUAUUGCCAUGCUGGUGGGAUUCAUAGUCUACAGGAAAUAUAAGCGAAAACAGAACACACAACCUAACCUAUAUGUUGACAAACAGUUGGGCAAUUGGCCAUGCCUGGAGAUGUCUGACGAGGUGUAUGCCAACACUGAAGUGAUUACGGCUGGCAAAGAUGUUGAUGAUGAUGUUGGUGAUGAGGAUAUCUAUGCAAACGCUGAGUUUCUGCAGAGCAAAAAUCCAGCAAUAUGGAUGAAUCAUGGACUUGGAUCUGCUAAAGAGCCAGAUGAAGACAUUUAUGCCAACAUGUAGUCGGAGAGGGAAAUUGAGAGAUAGAGACAUUGUGCAGUGCAUCUGUACAGAUAGUGAUGCCUGAUCCUGAACACGAUGAACUGAAGAUGAGUCCAAAUAUAGAUGAUAUUGCCAAAGCGCCUGAAAGAGAAACUACACUGGGCCAAAUAUAUGCCAAGUGAAGAAUUAGCUUUGCUUUUUAGAGUUUUAUGAUACAUGACAGUACUUUAUUAAUUACACAACCUGACCAGAUUUGAUAAUUUAUUAACUUUCUUUAUAUUUCUCUUCUAUACUCUGCUGUAUGUAGACCAGUGUGUACUUAAUGGGCCAUGGUAUUAGUUACCCUUCCUUUAAAGCCAUGGCUUCUAAAUGUUUAAUCAAUGGAUCCAUGCCUUUGAUGUUAAGUGUACUUGCUUAUUGGGCGCCUUAAUGAGAGGGUCCUAGAUUUUAUUUCUUUCAUUUGCUUACCUAUUUGAAACAGUUAUACCUGCAGCAUCCAAUCAAUGGACACCCCACAGAUAAGCUGAUAUGCUCACUGUGGUAUACCUUGUCCUGACUGAAGAAAGUGAGCUAAAGUUACCUUGCAGAACAUUGAUACACACUGUUAUACUGUUCCAUUAGCAUUAAAGCACUGUAAACAAA